AUGCAUAGGCCAGAUGAGAAAGUUCCAUAUAGGGAACUUAUAGGUUCACUCAUGUAUCUUUCUGUAUGUACAAGACCCGAUAUUGCACACGCAGUGAAUUUUAUGAGUCAAUUUUGCAAUUGUUUUGAGGAAGUUCACUGGACAGCAACAAAGAGGAUCCUGAGAUACCUUAAAGGUACGAAAAGUUUGGGACUGGUAUAUUACAGGGAUGAACGAGGAACAGUUCAAGGUUUCUGUGACGCUGAUCAUGCACAUGAUCUAGUCGACAGAAAGUCCUAUUCCGGAAAUGUAUUUAAGAUGGCAAAAGGAGCCAUUUCAUGGCAAAGCACUAAACAAAGAAGUGUUGCCAUAUCAACCGCUGAGGCUGAAUAUGUCAGUCUGUCAGAAGCUUCCAAGGAAGCUGUCUUUUUAAAGCGUUUCCUAGAGGAACUCUUGGGUAAGGAAGAGCCACCGCUAACAAUCCACUCAGAUAGUCAGUCUGCUAUAGCGAUAGCAAAUAAUCCAGUACACCAUCAGCAAACUAAACAUGUGGAUGUACGUUAUCACUUUGUGCGAGAGACUCUAGAGAAUGGAGUAAUAGAUUUGAAAUAUUUGGAGACAAAGUUAAUGGUUGCUGAUAUUAUGACAAAGGCAGUGCAUAGAGGCAAGCAUGAGUUCUGUCGUAGUGAGAUGGGUGUUGUGGAUUAG